ACUUGGUGAGGGCGUUUCUAGACUUGUCUCUCUGUCAACAACCGGUACAUGAAUACUUUUGCCAGCCAAUACUCGCCUCAAACUUUAACUUUUGUCACACUCUUCUGAGCUCAGAGUGUAAACUCCUUCGACCUUGAGGCUAUGGACGGGCGGUGUGCUGUCGAGACUUGGGCAGAGUUUGACUGUUCAGGGACUUCAUGCACACCGAAGCUGAAGUUUGUCUUAGGGAAAGACGUGUUCCUGUGGACUGGCGGUGAUGAAGUCUAUAUCUUUAGUACUCAGAGGAGCAAACUUACGGUUAUCCUACAGUUCCCUGGUCCUGUGAGUGACCUGGUUGGGAGUCCUGACACUCAGCUUCUCUAUGUAGCCUCUCACAGUGGAGUUUAUUGUGUAUGUUUACAAUCUCUACUAUCCAGCGCUGAUUCAGCCUCCUGCCCAGCUGAGCGUCAAAUCUCCUCUGAGUUUCUCGUUGUUCCUGAAGGAGGAGUCUUAUCACUGCUUCUCGUAGGCACCGUCCUUGUUACUGUUACUAAGAAAGACAAGUCCUGGGUGUUGACUCUGUAUAAUUCUACAAAACUAUCAGGAUCCAGAAGCUGUGAGAUGCUCAGUUCAUUCAGUCUACCAACAGUCUCUGAUGUUUUACACAAUGACUCUGAGAGAAGAAAGAGGCCUGUACUGAUGUGUGUUGAUUCUAGUGAUGCAACACAACUCUAUUCCUCCUCCACUUCUUCUUCACAAGAGACUCAUUUACCUGACAGCCACUUCUUCCUCGACCCCGUCCUCUUCAAACUUCUUUUUGGAAUCGAUGCUGCUCUCGCCAAAUCACCGGUUAUUCUCUGUGGCCUACCGGAUGGGGUCCUGUGUUUCCUCCCGCUGCGUCCCCCAGGAUCACGGCUCCGAGUCCUGCACAGCCUUGAGCAACCGGUCGUGUUUAUCGGAGGAUCAUCUGCAGCGGAGAGUUCGGGACGUGCACAGUGUUUGGUGGCAGUGGGUGAACAAGGGAGAGUGGUGCUGAUGGAAGUGAACAAAGGGGGACCAGAAGGAGGGGGGAGCACGACUGGUUUCACAGAGGGGUGUGUGUCCGGGCCUGUGAUGUGUGGCUGUGUGGAUAAAGACUCUCUUUACUACAGCACCGGGUCAGACCUGCUGGUUCUGGAUCUGUCGAGGGGAUCAUGUGGGGGAGAAGGCUCCGACGGGUGUGAGGAGACAUCCAGAAAAGCAGUGGCUGCCCUCCAGUGCCCCACCAGUUUAAAUGUGUGUAGAGUCGUCUCAUUGGCUGAGCCUAAACACAACACCGCAGGUGAAGUUCAGCUGCACGCUCUGUCUGUCAGAGGUCAGCUCCAGAGGAUCACUUUACCUGUGAGGGGAAAGGAAGCUACAUCCUCCAAUGUGCCCUCCUCCACACGGGCGAGCCGUAGCGUUAGGGACCUCCUCUCUGCUAUCGGGGAUGUUUGUGAAAGAGCAUCAGCGCUGAAAACUGCCAUCAAAUCCAAGAACCAUCUCCUGAUCCACCUCAAUCAGGUCCUUAACAUCAGCUUCCUGCUUUCAGACGGUGCAAAUAGUGUAGAGCAUCGUCCCGACCAGGAGAAAGCGAUCAGAUGUCACGCGGUCACCAGUUGGAGCAGACUGCUUCAAAAAGACUCUCUCAACCUGACGUGUGACCUGGAGAACUCCAGCCCUUAUGUUUUGGAGCGGGGCUGGACACUGAGCAUCACCGUGUCCCCUCUCUCUUAUUCUCCCCGUGCAGGAGGUGACAGCUCCUCUGCAAACUUCUCGUUCCCUCUGCAGAAUCUCCAUCCGGGGGAAACGUUCAAAGUAUCGCUGCCUCUCGCGGCGGCAGGAGACGCAUCCUUCCCGGUGACGGUGAGCUGCUCGCUCGUCCUUCUGCUGUCGAGUCUGCUGGGAGACGAGGCCGCAAAGUUUCCUGGGCUGAGCAGCUGCAUCAGCUUGCCCCUGAACUCGCUGACAGUGGACUGGCUGCAUGCCCUGCAGGUGGACAGUCCCAUAACCAGCCAUGCAAAAGCCACAUGUCAGCUGAACACCACUUCUGAUACCAUCAGAGCGUUUAUAAACUCACACAGGAACAGGAGCGGCACAACUUCAAAGACUGAUCCAGAGAAGUAUUCUGCAAUUGUCAGGGUGUCUUCAGAGUUACUGAGGGAAACGCUGAUGAUAAGAAACUCAGAUCAAAACGUGAACCUCUCGCUACUAAACUGGCUGCUGUCCGAACAUCAUGAAGGAGUGAAGACGGGACAACAAGGAGACAAAGCUACAGUCAGCAGCUCAGUGAUCCAUGCUCGAGGUCCAAACAAUCACUCUGUCAAACUGACAGCAAAGGAGGUAAUUGUUGGGGAUGGGAGCCUGAGGAAGGAGGAGUCCCUGACCACAGUGGAGGUUCAGAUUGAGAGCUCCUCUCUGGCAGCAGUGUGUGGGCUGCACCAUGCUGUGCUGCACCGACUACAGACUCUGCUUCAGAGAGCUCCUGAAAGAGCUGCUUCCACAAAGAGCGUCCAGAGUUUGGCUUUAAGACAGGCACUGCAACGGGCCGAGCACCUGCUUCAGCAGAUCCAGCAGAGCCGGAUCUCGGGAGCCUUCAGCGUGGGCGUGUCUGCGGGGCAGAUGACCCGAUCCCUCCUGAGAGUUUACAGAGAACUCAGAGAAAAUCCUCUCCUCAUCAUUUAAACCUCUUUUUUUCAGUCCAGUCUACACUGCUGCCCCCGCCCGGCUCUGUGUGUUAUGUAACCUGUCUAUGAAGGUUGAGACACAGUGUCAUUAACAGUGAUUGAUUUUCUUAAUGCACUGCACCGUAAGACACUGCUGACACUUAUUGCUAGACGGAAAGAAGCCCUGGCUGUACAGCUUUGAUGGAAGAGCUGAAAUUAGCUUCAAGUAGCAUGAUAUAUCAUUAAAUCCAGAGCUAGUUUCUCUGCGUCAA